AAUUAGUUCCAAGUGGCGACAGAUUACAUUUCUGAAGUGAAGAACUUCAUAAUCGAUAUGGCCGCUGCUUUUGUUUUUUUUUUCUUCCUUGGGGGAAAUCAAUUAUCCAAUAGUGGGAAUUUGGAUUUGGGAUGGCUUCCGCUGUGGACGGUUUCUUACUAUUGAAUUUAAGACCGCCCAAUUUACUCAGUAAACCUAGAAUCGUCUCUCUGUUCUCGGGAAAAACGGCAUCGUCUCUUAUGGUUCGAGCAGAAUCCAUGGCGACUGAGAAGCUGGGCAUCAAAAUUGAGAAGAAUCCUCCUGAAUCCAAGCUUACCCAACUCGGCGUUCGUCAAUGGCCCAAGUGGGGGUGCGAGCCGAGCAAAUUCCCAUGGACAUACUCGGACAAGGAGACCUGUUUUCUGCUGGAGGGAAAGGUGAAGGUUACUCCUGCUGGAUCAGAGGAGUCAGUUGAGAUUGGCUCUGGGGAUUUGGUUGUGUUCCCAAAAGGAAUGAGCUGCACUUGGGAUGUUUCAGUUGCUGUUGAUAAGCACUAUAACUUUGGCUAAAACCUUUGCUCUCUCUGUUUAUGAACUAUGAACUCAUUUAUGACUGUUUCUCUCUUGUAGAACCACCUUGUGUGAAGCUUCUGUCACUGAACUGCACUUAAUAUGAAUCUAGAAUCACAUCUGAGAUUUGCAGCUCUUA